AUGGGAGCUACAGGAGUACUUCUUGUCACACACUGUGUUGCCUUGUUCCUCCUUCAGAUGGUAGCACGGAGUUCAGAAGCAUUCACAGUGACUGGAUUGACUAGGCCAGUCUUGGCUCCAGUGGGUGGAACCCUUGAACUCAGUUGUCAGUUGUCCCCACCACAAGAUGCACAGCACAUGGAGAUUCGCUGGUUCAGGAACCGCUAUACACAGCCUGUGCACCUGUACAGGAACGGUAAAGACCUGCAUGGAGAAACCAUCCCCAAGUAUGUGGAGCGGACUGAACUGCUGAAAGAUGACAUUGGAAAAGGGAAAGUGACCCUCAGGAUCUUUAGUGUGACUGUUGAUGAUGGUGGACCAUACCACUGUGUCUUCAAAGAUGGAGAAUUCUAUGAAGAGCACAUUACAGAGGUCAAGGUCACAGCCACAAGCUCAAACAUACAGAUUCUUCUGCAUCCCCCAAAUACCAAAGGAGUGAUGUUGGAGUGUCAUUCAGGGGGUUGGUUCCCACUGCCUCAUAUGGAAUGGAGAAACAGCAAAGGAGAGAUCAUUCCAGAGACAUCAAAAUCCCAUUCACAGGAUGGAAACAAACUGUUCAACAUGACAAUGGCCCUUUUUAUUAACACCAGCUCCUACCAGAGUGUCACUUGCUAUCUUCAAAACCGUCAAAGUCUACAAGAAGAAAGCACAAGUAUCAUCCUAUCGGGUGAACUAUUUGCCUGGAAAAGUGUUUGGAUAUGGAUUCUGAGUAUGAUAGCUUUUAUGCUGAUACCCUUCCUCAUGACUUCCUGUGCUCAUCAACAUCUCAUACGAGGUAGUUUCUCCGUGAAAAAUUAUCCUUGGAUAAAGAGUGCAGUGGCAUUCAUGGUCUCGAUUGUUGCAAUUAUAGGAGUCAUUCUCAUCUUGCAUCUAAAACAAAGAGCCUUAGUUUCAGACUCAUAUUUUGAAUUGGAUACUUUUUGGUUGGAAGAUAUUAGUGUGAUCUUCUUUGUGUUGAUAGUGUUCAAGAUCAAGUUCAUUUCAUUUACUUACUUCAGAUUGAAAGGUAAAUAUGAUGGGAAUGGUGACUGUUCUUCAUGUGACUAA